AUGGCGCUCCUGAAUCCGACUUUCAUAGUUGGAGUCGUAGUCCUCCUCUACCUAUUGUCCUUUAUACUGUUCGCAGUCCUUCGGAUUUUGACUGGCAUCUCUAUUCAGCGCAUUGGGUACUUUUCUCUGCGAAGGCUCGCAUAUACUCCGAGAGAUGGCAUAAAGAUAGAGCUCCGGGGCUUGGGCCUCAACCUUCAUCGGCCAACCUUUGCGCAACCGACAUGGGUAAGCAUCGUUUUGACCGAGCUGGCGGUCACGGUGGAUAUGAGCGCGACCGAUGGCGACAAGGCCGGCGAUGUUGGGAUAGAAGGGAAUGGAGUUGCGGCGAAGAAUGUGGACAGGUCAAAGGGCGAAUCCGAAUCCAAAAGCAAGCCAGUGCCACCGAAAGCCGGUUGGGCCCCGCAGAGGAGUAAGAGUUGGGGGAAACUCAUGAAAGUUAAGGACGCUAUCAAGCGUCUGCACCGAAAAAUCAACUGGAUCCGUAUGGUGGACGUGGUAACGACAGGCUCAUCUGUCACUGUGGUGGAUGUUGGUCAGAUACAGGUUGGGAGUUUUACAAUGGCAGUCGAUACACGGCGAAAAAUGGUCGAUCGAGCGAGGUUGUUCUCGCGCGUGAAAGCGGCCAACAAAGAGCAUCGGCCUGCAGAGUGGAUGAUGACACUUCGCAGUGUGCUCUUCACUCCCGAUGGAAGAGAAGCACUAGAAGUCCUCGAUCAUGCUACACUGAAUAUCCAUGGAUCCUUAUACAAAGGGUUAGACGGACUCCGAGACGCCGCCAUCGCGCUAAAGCUGGGUCGUUUGCAUAUACCUUAUGAUGAUAUCCGCGCUUGUAUGAACAGAUUCCAAGCACUUCACAACCUCUACAAGUCCGAGCAACUAGAGGUUGAGGAAUUACCUGUCAAUACUAUUCCUGAGGAGGCAGACACGCUCGAUAGCCAUGAAGAUCAUCUCGUUCGGACAGUUUCAGAUUCCAAGGAAUUUGUUAGUUCGAUCCUCCGUGGAAUUAAGGAGGUGCAGUUUGCGGUCGGCUUUGUGGGCAUCACCAAGAAAGUUAGCUCCGUACAUCCUAGAGGUGCCCCCCUCUAUCUUAAUGCGUCAAUGAAAGAAGUCGGAGUGGACAUGCACCGGCUAGAUCAGAAAUCCCCAGCACAUCGGAUGUACUUCUCUUCCAAAGACGUUGCUCACGAAGCACUUGCCGCUGCCCUCUCGAUUGAACUUGGGGUUGAUGACGGACACGGCACGUCUGACAGGUUGAUAUAUAUCCCCAUGACUACAACUACAGUUCGAACGACCCUUCCUUCCAAGACUGUUGAGUCCGUCAAAGAAAAUAGUGCUGAUGAGCGGAACGCAAACAUCCUUUUUGCCAAUGUCGUCGUUACUUCUCCUUCGGUUGAUCUGGACCCCAAACAUCUUCCGCUUGUAUUAGCUCUGUUGCAACGAAAACCGAAAAGGAGAAAGGGGCUUGAACCCCAACGACAGGUGCUUAUUUCAAGGCUUUUGCCGAAAGCAAAUGUGAAAAUCUCUUUGCACGAACCAGUUGUUCGCAUCUCCCUUCCCCCGGUGGAGAAGAACGCAGAACCUGACGACUUUGACCUUAUCAUAUCUUCCAUUUCGUCCAUCUCGUUAGAUAUCGAGUCGUCUCAUUCGUCCGCUGGAGAAUUGCAAUAUGGCCUUGGAUCAACGCUAAGAUUACAAUCCCACGACCUCUACUACCAGACGUCGUCUGGUGCACAUUAUGAGCUGCUUCAAACGGAAUCUCUGGAACUUAAAGUUCAUAUUAGCGCGAACCCCGAUGUUUAUGUUGUUGCAACUGGCAACCUACACACCUUUUCCAUCCACAUGAUCCGCCCCGAGAUAAGCGAGGGAGUCCGUCAGAUCGUCAGACAGCUGCGAGUCAACGUGGAACCCGACAAGAAAGCGCACCCUAAGACUUCCCGUGAUCCUAAUUUUAUCAGAGCUAUGCCCCCUUGGCUCCUGCAUUUUCAAAUUCAAGGUUCGGAUUUCAGUGCGGAGGUUGCGGGCGUUGACCAGGAGAUAUCGGAUGAUACCCGUGGCGUUGCACUUCAGUUAGAAUCCUGGACAGCGGAAUAUAGGGCUCAGAAGGUUGAUGCCUUGGAAAGGAAAUCUGCCCGCCGUAGGGCGGGAAGUCGAUCUUUCACACCAGAUGCGGAGCAUUAUCUCAAGAUGCCUAAAUCACCUAGGAAAAAAAAACGUUACCCUACUGACGGACGGAGGCUAGCAGUCCAUGUCCGUGGCCUGGAAGCUUUCGUCGUCGAGUCAACUGAGAAGUGGGAGAUGGAGCCUUUUGUUUCCGUUCCGCGCUUCGAGGUUGCCCUAUCUACAUCGUGCGAUAACCAAGGUCCAAUUUUCCAUAUCAACUCCUAUGUCAAAACGAUACUUAUUCAGUACUCGUUAUACCGCCAUUAUGCUUGCGGUGUGGCGACAACUGUACUCCGGAAAGCAUUUCUCCGCACCAAAGCUGACGAUGAAGAAGCUGAACAGGCGCGUGCUACUGCAAAAGCCUUUGGAAGUUCGUACCUCUCGCCACUGAUGUCUCCUGAAGACCUCCAUUCUUCCGAUACGAUCGGUUAUCCCUUCCCCGUACCAGAACUAGUUACAGUUGAUUUCAGAUCAAGCCUAGUGCAGAUCAAAGCCUAUAUGCCAGCUGACCCCCCUUUAAUGAUGCAAAUUUAUGGCAUGGAAGCUGGGCGCCAUCGGUGGUCCCCGCCUUUCCUACAAGCAAAGUUGGCUAGGCUCUAUGCUGAAGCGCCAAAAAUGCCUUGUGUAUGGGCGAGAAUCGUCAGUAUCAAGAGUCCACGGGUUGAUCUUCGUGAAAGUAGGCGGAAGAGCAGUGCUGGAGACACGCAUAGUGAGAGGAUGAUCGAUGUUGUCACAGAAGCGAUUCGACUAGCGGUUCCCCAUCAGCUAGUGCUCUACAAAAUUGUUGACAACUGUAUAAACACGCUCAAAUCCGUCCAACAACUCCACCAUCGGUUCAUAACGGGCACGAAUGAGUACAUACUUGAGAAACAUCCGGAAGGACCAAAACAUGUUCCAAAAGUUUCCAUUCGCAGCAGGGCGCUGCUUUUUGAACUGGAAGAUGGAGCUUUCGAAUGGAAAUUGGGCAACAUAUACCGCACAGGCCUGGUCGAGCAGGCACAGCGUAUCGCCCGUGAUGCUGCGUUCGAGGUCAAAGCUAAGAAAAUUGCGGAAGUUGAGAUGCGGAAGGGGGGUUCCAAGUUCCGGAAUAGGUCUGCCCACCCACCAGGCCGCAGCAACCAUCAGGAGCGGUCCCGAAAGCGGAGUCAGAGUGUGCCUGAUGCGUACAGAGAUGAAUCAAACCCAAGAGAUCGUCGUGGCCGUCAGAUGCGAUAUGACCCAGAAAGUGUAUGUGCCAUGAGCAGCAGCGCAAAGGUUUCAGUCGAAGUUGCUCGUCAAAAGUUACAACUAUACAAUGCGCAAAGUUGGAAGACACGAAUUGACCAGGUUUUCACCUCGGCGAAGGACGGUAUGAAGGAACUACGAGGCAUCUUUUGGGGGACUGAUGACCUUCCCGACGAUGUGGAGGACAACGAGAACAUCCUCGAGAUUCCUCAACGGCCUGCGUUAAUGGGAACCUUGAUCAGCGAUCUCCAUAUCGUGAUUGACAAGCCCUCUUUCCCAAUGAGUAAACUGCCUGAGUUUCUACACCGGGUUGGUAAAGGCAUGCCCUACGACAUGCAAUACGCGCUUCUCAUUCCGAUGCAUGUCCAAAUCGAUAUGGGGGAGGCUCGUGUCUCACUACGAGACUAUCCACUACCGCUUCUACAUGUUCCCGCCAUCAAGCCUGGGCAAUCGCAUCGAUUGCCUGCUUGGUCUCUCAAAACGGACUUCGUUAUUGCAGAGGAAUUCCGAGGACCUGAAUCCUUGAGGCAUGUCAAGGUCGACAUUAUUCCGCCCAAAAAUCGUGGUUCGGGUACGCCCAAUAGUCGUGCUCGCGGAUUUGCUAUUGAUGUGCGCAGAACUGUUUCUCCAGUUAAAUCAUAUUCAGAUAUAAAUGUUGAUAUCAACACCGGCCUGCCAACCCGAAUUACUUGGGGGUCGUCAUAUCAGCCGGCAAUCCAAGAUAUGAUGAUGGUCAUAGAGACUUUCACAAGACCUCAAGUAGAUCCAUCCGACCGCACUGGGUUCUGGGAUAAGAUCCGACUUAGUUUCCAUUCCCGCGUUAACGUUGCUUGGAAGGGUGAUGGCGAUGUCCAUCUGAUGCUGAAGGGGACCCGAGAUCCAUAUGCGGUCACAGGGAACGGUGCUGGAUUUCUUAUGUGCUGGAGAAAUGACGUGAGAUGGAGCAUAUGCCACGAUGAAGAUCCUCGAAAGUUCAUGACCGUUGAUAGCGGUGAAUACAUCCUCGCCAUCCCCGAUUAUAGCCAUCACGCUCGCAUAUCUGAAAAGCAAGAGAGAGAUGAUGAUAGCGUGAAGAGCUCCGAGACCUUUAAGCGUGGGGUUUUGUUCAAGAAGGUUGUGAUGAAGCUAUCUGGGAACGUCCAAUGGCUUGCCGGACUGAUGUUCGAGAGGAACAUUAACCAAGCUGGGGCACGAUCCUUCGAUUUUGAGCCUCACUACAAAGUCGUCAUGAAGGAGCCGCAGUUUGCAGUAGCCCCGCCGGGCCUUGAAUAUGAUGCCUUCCGCGGCUUCCGUAGCCAUCAUAUCCACAUGUCAUUAGCUGUGAAAGCUCCUGUUGAUCGUGAAUGGUCGGUAUCAAAUACCAAGCCCUCAAAAAGCUACAACACCGUUCAUUUGACGCCCCGCUUCUUUACACACUUUUUUGCGUGGUGGUCGAUGUUUGGAGGCACCAUGUCACUUCCCAUUCGGCAGGGCGCAUUGUGGCCGGGUAUUGAGAAAUCUAGCAAAAAGUUUGGAAGGCAUCUUGCGACCAUCAAAUAUAACCUCUUGCUCGCUCCUCUCUUUCUCAGCCACGUCUACAAGCAUAAAGAUGCGGAGGACUUCUCCGAAGAGGUAGUAACUGCUACAGGGCUUAAAAUGAGAUUAGACAGCUUUAUGCUUGACGUUCAUCAACGGCGCGAGCAGUUCCAUACUCAACAUAGAGGUCGCAAAACCCAAGCAAAGACCAGUGGCAUGAAGAUGCACCAGGCACAACUUGAUCUAUUGUCAGCAGAUAUUCGUGCUAUAUCGGCCACCAUCGAGGACACAACAGCAGAACAUCUCCGAAAAGCCUCGACUGUGUCCCAAGCCUCACCACAGGAAAGCGGUUUUCCUGAUCUUUCUCGCUUCGAAAUACCUGAUAAUGAUCUGAGUUGGAUUGAUAUGGAUGACUUUGUUGAAUUGGACUGGGUUUUGCCCUCAGGUGCAAAUCCAGAAACGAAGAUAAUGCCGCUCGCAUUCGCACCACGCUUUACAUAUUUCCGUCAAACGGAUCACGGUGGCACCAUAUCUGGUGAUCCAGAUAGAACCAGCCCAUUCGGAAAAGAACCGACACAUUUCUGUAUCAUGAGCAAGGACGAUGACCCCCGCCGAGUUCAGUACCAACUGAUCCAAAAUCGCUUGAGCCAACUUAAACGACAAACGGAUUCACACGCCAAAUCCCUGGGCGAUGCUGAGCUGAGGCACAUCAAAGAAGUAAAUAAUGCUGCCUUGAAGACAGAGUAUGAGCGCCUGCAUAAACAUAUCCAUGUUCUACAGGACAAGAAGGUCUUUUUAGAAUCAAUGAUGCGGCAGAUGAAAGUGCGUAUUCGUAAUGAUAUAAGGCGUGCCGUACUGGAAGGUGAACCCGAGGUUGACAGCGAUGGCGAACGGUCCUCUCCGAAAGACGACGACGUGGAGACGAAGGGCAUCGAUAGCCAUCCAGCAGCGGAAUUCAUCAGCGACUUCAACAAUCGUUUUGUCAUCCAUAAUAUGCAGUUGAAAUGGAAUAAUAUGUUGAGGAACAUUAUUCUUCGCUACAUACACCAAGUCAGCCAGCGGCGUGGGUUCGUAUACUAUCUCUCAAGACGAGCUGUAAAGUUUAUUCUUGAUAUCAUUGAGGAGCAGAACAAAACCAAAGUACCGAGACCGGGCUCAGGUAAGAACACAAAUGCCUCGUCUGCGGACACCACACCAGCUACACACCAAGAAAGUGAGGCCGGCCCACAAGAUGUGGAGGAUCGCAUCAAUGAACUUCUUGCGGAUGGCCGAAACUUUGUCAAUGCAGAAGCAGAGGCUCAGGAGACAAACCCAAAAACUUCGACUGAGAAGCCCGAGUCCGGCAUUGCCCGCGAGUUCACACCGCAGAAUACGUAUCAUUUGAGGCUUAUCGCACCUCAGAUUCAGCUCCAGAGCGAAAAGAAUCCCAAGUCGGUCGUUCUCGUCACUGCUAAAGGGAUGGAGCUUAAAGUUAUCGAAAUUAUGGACAAAGAGCUCAUCUACGACGACGUUAGUGGUCUUGUGCAACGCCGGUUUUCGGUUGAAAUGGACAGCACUCAAUUCUUCGUUACCAACCAGAAGCUUUUCUCACUACAGCUACUCCCAAUGUAUGCUGGCACCCAUUACGGAACACCCGCUGGAUCUGCGUGGCCGCCGUGGGUGCCAAUGGAGAUUAUGUUCAACUUUGAGGUGGACCCCUUCGGCUUCAAACGUGUCGUACAAAAGACAUCUGCCAGUUUAAGGUUUGACAAAUACAACUCUCUACGGCUCAAAUACAACGAGGAAGUUAGCAGUCGAGGUAAUUGGCCCAGCACCAUGGAAAAUCGAAUGGACCACCUCUGGGUCGAAUUCCCUCAAAUCCGAGCCAUUUGCAAUUCGUCCCAGUAUUACGCCAUGUACAUCAUCGUACUUGAUCUUCUAAUGUAUAGUGAGCCGCUAGAGAAGACUAGGAACGAGCGUCUCGAGAAGAUCAUGCUCGCAUCGGAUUUCAGUGAUCUGCGAGGUGCCCCUGAGAUGGUUAUACGACUUCAAGAGCGUAUCAGCCAGCUCGAAGAGAUCAAGACACAAUUCCAGGUCCACUCUAAAUACCUUGAUAGGCAGGGGUGGGAAGACAGACUUUGCCUUGACCAGGAUCUCGCGCGCUGCGAAGACGAAUUGUUUUUCAUGAUGAAAGCGAUUACCACUUCUCAGAGGAAGCAUGACGCUACGCAAACCAGUGGCCUGCUGCGGUGGAACAUAUCCUCUAAUCAGAUUGUGUGGCACCUUAUCCAAGACAACAAUGAACCGCUGAUGGAGUUUCAACUUCAGCGAGCGGAAUAUGACCGAACCGACAACUCGGAUGGAUCUCACAUAAAUUUGAUGCAGAUAGGGAAGAUAGUUGGUCUUAAUCUGCUUCCCGAUGCAAUAUAUCCGGAGAUGUUUGCCCCUUAUUCGAAUGCCGAGCGAGGUACAUUCAGUGAAGGGGGUAAUCAACAAAUGCUGAGGGUCUACUGGUACAUGCUUGAGGCAAUUGCUGGAAUACCCGUGAUGGAUCAUUUCGAAGUCAACCUAUUCCCCAUGAAAAUUCAGCUCGAGCGAGAAGUUGGCAAGCGCCUUUUCGAAUACAUGUUUCCAGGUUCGAAAGACGACAAUACAGGGAAGAACAAAUCCCCUUUCUUGGUGAGAGAUAUGCAACCUGUUGAGGAUGAUGACGAAGAUGAUAAAUCUAUGACAACGAUAUCCAGUGGCUUUGCGAGCACCGACACAGAACGGCAAGAAUCAGAAAUUGGCAUAAGGGCAGGCUCGCUGGAACUCCGCCUUCGGCCAACAAUGGCAUCAGAGACUCGGCCCAACACAUCUCAUGUGUCAACAUCCAAUACUCCCAGCGUGCAUUCAAACAAUAGUGGCGAAGGGCAUCAUUUCCGACUCUUCCAAUCUAAUAACCGGCUAAGCGCACAUUCACGGCCCGCUCUAGGGAAGGUUCUGAACAAGAAGCCGUCUGCCGAAAGUCUGCACUCAAUCACGAGCUCCCGUCCCAUUCUGGGUCGUGCCUCGACCAGCAAGUCCUUCGCCUCCAACUUGGAUACCGCCAGUUCAACAGGGCUUGACGUCAAACACAGGCGUUUUGCGAUUCAUCGAAACAGCAACAAGUCUCAGAAAGAGAAGGCUUCUGAUGAUUUGACGACGAUGAUAUCUCGAGCUUCAAAUUAUAUGACCCUCGCUUAUGUCAAGAUUCCUAGUGUGGUACUCUGCCUCAGUUACAAAGGCAAGGGAGAGCGCAACAUAGAAGAUGUUCACGACUUCGUCUUCCGUCUUCCCAUGAUCGAAUACCGUAACAAGACUUGGUCAAAUCUGGAUCUCGCCCUCGCGCUCAAGAGGGACGUCAUUCGGGCCCUUAUUUCCCACACUGGUGCCAUCAUUGGAAAUAAGUUCAGCAAACACCGCCCAAACACCGCCCAGCAGAGUCGAUUACGAGAGCUUGCUACGAGCAGCAUGGUGCUGGCUCCAUCCAGCACUGAAAAUUCGCUCGACGGCAGCGAUGCUAGCAGUACUGUUGCGUCGAGCCCCACGGGCACAAAGCGAUCUGACCGGUCAAAGAGCCCUCGACGAUCUUUUGCAUCGAGUCAUAAUGGGUUGGCCCGCACCCCCAGCGCUUCCAGUAGCGGCCUAUCUCUCCCUCACCGUUCGUUAACCUUGCCAACAUCUUUGACGAUGACACCUGCGCGCCAAGAGAGCUCUGGGGAUAGCUUCGCGGAUAGUGAGACAAGGAGUAUAAAAGAGGGGAAUGAUGGCAAGAACACGGGUUUCGUAACUAGUACUUUCAACCGCUUAAAGAAGAGGGAUCGUGAGACUCACUCUAGUGGGAGUAGUGUGCAACCCGACGAUGCUAGUGAGGAUAGCUCGAGCAAGAAGAACAAGUUCUCGCUUGGGAAGAAAAUACUAGGGGGGUUUUAA